ACUUUUUAUACUUUUUCUGCAUUCGAAGAUGGUGAAGCUAGAUAUUCAUACUCUGGCUCAUCACCUCAAGCAGGAACGCUUAUAUGUAAACUCUGAGAAACAGCUCAUUCAGAGACUCAAUGCAGAUGUACUUAAGACAGCUGAAAAGUUGUAUCGUACAGCAUGGAUUGCUAAGCAACAGAGAAUUAAUUUGGAUCGACUUAUUAUAACCAGUGCUGAAGCUUCUCCUGCAGAAUGUUGCCAACAUGCCAAGAUUUUGGAAGAUACGCAGUUUGUUGAUGGAUAUAAGCAAUUAGGAUUCCAGGAAACUGCUUAUGGAGAAUUUUUAAGUCGACUAAGGGAAAAUCCUCGUCUUAUUGCUUCUUCUCUGGUUGCAGGAGAGAAACUCAAUCAGGAGAACACACAAAGUGUUAUUUACACAGUCUUUACCUCCCUCUAUGGCAACUGUAUUAUGCAAGAAGAUGAAAGCUACCUCCUUCAGGUUUUACGAUACUUGAUUGAAUUUGAGCUUAAAGAAAGUGACAACCCCAGGCGACUCUUGAGGAGAGGAACUUGUGCCUUCAGCAUCUUAUUUAAACUUUUUUCUGAAGGACUCUUUUCUGCCAAACUUUUUCUUACAGCUACAUUACAUGAGCCAAUCAUGCAGCUUCUUGUUGAGGAUGAAGACCACCUGGAAACAGAUCCCAACAAGCUAAUUGAGAGGUUCUCCCCAUCUCAGCAAGAAAAACUCUUUGGAGAAAAAGGCUCAGAUAGAUUCAGACAAAAGGUUCAAGAGAUGGUAGAUUCUAAUGAGGCCAAACUAGUGGCUUUGGUGAACAAAUUUAUUGGUUAUCUCAAACAGAACACUUACUGCUUUCCACAUAGUUUGAGGUGGAUUGUGUCUCAGAUGUACAAAACCCUAUCCUGUGUAGAUAGAUUGGAGGUUGGGGAGGUCAGGGCAAUGUGUACUGAUCUCCUCCUGGCCUGCUUCAUUUGUCCUGCAGUUGUCAAUCCAGAACAGUAUGGAAUAAUUUCUGAUGCUCCUAUUAAUGAAGUGGCAAGAUUUAAUUUGAUGCAGGUUGGUCGCCUGUUGCAGCAAUUAGCCAUGACUGGUUCUGAAGAGGGAGACCCCCGAACCAAAAGCAGCCUUGGAAAAUUUGACAAAAGCUGUGUUGCAUCUUUCCUUGACGUUGUCAUUGGGGGCCGUGCAGUGGAAACUCCUCCAAUGUCCUCUGUUAAUCUUCUGGAGGGGUUGAGCAGAACUGUGGUUUACAUAACUUAUAGUCAGCUUAUUACUCUGGUGAAUUUUAUGAAGAGUGUGAUGUCUGGAGAUCAACUGAGAGAAGAUAGAAUGGCGCUUGACAAUUUAUUGGCAAACCUACCCCAAGCCAAGCCAGGAAAAAGUAGUAGUUUGGAAAUGACACCUUACAGUACUCCUCAGCAGUCACCAGGAACCACUCCAGCAAAUAAAAAGAAUCGAUUGCCCAUAGCAACUCGGAGUAGAAGCCGUACCAAUAUGCUAAUGGAUCAGCAUAUGGAUCAUGAAGGAUUGUCUCAAGAAACCAUUCCAGAGGUACAACCAGAAGAGGUCUUGGUCAUUUCCUUAGGGACAGGUCCUCAGCUUACUCCGGGGAUGAUGUCAGAAAAUGAGGUCCUAAACAUGCAGCUUUCAGAUGGAGGACAAGGAGAUGUCCCGGUUGAUGAAAACAAACUCCACGGUAAACCUGAUAAAACCUUGCGCUUUUCCCUCUGCAGUGAUAAUCUGGAAGGAAUAUCUGAAGGUCCUUCAAAUCGCUCCAAUUCAGUGUCCUCUCUGGAUCUGGAAGGAGAAUCUGUAUCAGAACUUGGAGCAGGACCUUCUGGGAGUAAUGGAGUUGAAGCUCUGCAGCUGUUAGAACAUGAACAAGCCACAACACAAGAUAACCUUGAUGAUAAGCUAAGGAAGUUUGAAAUUCGAGACAUGAUGGGACUAACAGAUGAUAGGGACAUAUCAGAAACAGUGAGUGAGACCUGGAGUACAGAUGUCUUGGGAAGUGACUUUGACCCUAACAUUGAUGAAGAUCGCUUACAGGAAAUUGCAGGUGCAGCAGCAGAGAACAUGUUAGGCAGUUUGCUGUGCCUACCAGGUUCAGGGUCAGUGCUUCUUGACCCCUGCACUGGUUCUACUAUAUCAGAGACAACCAGCGAAGCUUGGAGUGUAGAGGUAUUACCAAGUGACUCAGAGGCUCCAGACCUGAAGCAGGAGGAACGUCUACAGGAACUGGAAAGCUGUUCUGGACUGGGUAGCACAUCUGAUGAUACGGAUGUCAGGGAGGUCAGUUCCCGCCCCAGCACACCAGGCCUCAGUGUUGUGUCGGGCAUAAGUGCAACUUCUGAGGAUAUUCCAAAUAAGAUUGAAGACCUGAGAUCUGAGUGCAGCUCUGAUUUUGGGGGUAAAGAUUCUGUCACUAGUCCAGACAUGGAUGAAAUAGCCCAUGGGGCCCAUCACUUGACCUCUCCUCCUUCUCAGUCAGAGUCUCUGCUUGCCAUGUUUGAUCCGCUGGCGUCACAUGAAGGCACUUCUGCUGUGGUAAGGCCAAAGGUUCACUAUGCCAGGCCAUCACAUCCACCACCGGAUCCCCCCAUCCUGGAAGGAGCUGUGGGAGGAAAUGAGGCCAGGUUGCCAAACUUUGGUUCACAUGUUUUAACUCCAGCCGAAAUGGAGGCAUUCAAGCAAAGGCAUUCUUACCCUGAGAGACUUGUUCGCAGCAGGAGCUCUGAUAUAGUAUCUUCUGUCCGACGACCUAUGAGUGACCCCAGCUGGAACCGACGUCCAGGGAAUGAAGAGCGAGAACUCCCUCCAGCUGCAGCCAUUGGUGCUACUUCUUUGGUGGCUGCACCUCACUCAUCAUCUUCGUCCCCGAGUAAGGACUCCUCAAGAGGAGAGACUGAAGAACGCAAAGAUAGUGAUGAUGAGAAAUCUGACAGGAACAGACCCUGGUGGAGAAAACGUUUUGUUUCAGCCAUACCUAAAGAUGACUCCAGUCCUAGACUCAGUGCACAAGCUCAAGCUGCUGAGGAUAUUUUAGACAAAUACAGGAAUGCUAUCAAACGAACCAGCCCCAGUGAAGGAGCAUUGGCAAACUAUGAGAGUACAGAGGUUCUGGGUGAUGGUGAAAGUGCACAUGAUUCUCCUCGGGAUGAAGCACUGCAAAACAUCUCAGCUGAUGAUCUCCCAGACUCUGCGAGUCAAGCGGCCCACCCUCAGGAUUCCGCUUUCUCUUACAGAGAUGCGAAAAAGAAACUAAGGCUUGCUCUUUGCUCUGCGGAUUCUGUUGCCUUCCCAGUGCUCACUCAUUCAAGGAAUGGCUUACCAGACCACACAGACCCUGAGGACAAUGAAAUUGUAUGCUUCUUAAAAGUUCAAAUAGCUGAAGCAAUUAAUUUACAAGAUAAAAACUUAAUGGCUCAACUUCAAGAAACAAUGCGCUGUGUGUGCCGCUUUGAUAAUAGGACUUGUAGGAAACUGCUGGCUUCUAUUGCUGAGGACUACAGGAAAAGGGCCCCAUAUAUUGCUUAUCUAACUCGUUGUCGACAAGGACUCCAGACCACACAGGCUCACCUGGAAAGACUAUUGCAGAGGGUUUUGCGGGACAAGGAAGUAGCCAAUCGAUACUUUACUACUGUCUGUGUGAGGCUACUGCUUGAGAGCAAAGAAAAGAAGAUCAGAGAAUUCAUUCACGACUUUCAGAAGCUCACAGCAGCUGAUGAUAAAACUGCUCAGGUGGAAGACUUUCUGCAGUUUCUUUAUGGUGCAAUGGCUCAGGACGUCAUAUGGCAGAAUGCAAGUGAAGAACAGCUUCAAGAUGCUCAGUUGGCCAUUGAACGAAGUGUGAUGAAUCGAAUUUUCAAGCUUGCUUUCUACCCUAACCAGGAUGGGGACAUUCUUCGUGACCAGGUUCUUCAUGAACAUAUUCAGAGAUUAUCCAAAGUAGUAACUGCAAAUCACAGAGCUCUUCAGAUCCCAGAGGUUUAUCUCCGAGAGGCACCAUGGCCAUCUGCACAAUCAGAAAUCAGGACCAUAAGUGCUUACAAAACUCCCCGGGACAAGGUGCAGUGUAUCUUGAGAAUGUGCUCUACUAUUAUGAACCUUCUGAGCCUGGCCAAUGAAGAUUCUGUCCCAGGAGCAGAUGACUUUGUUCCAGUGUUGGUGUUUGUGUUGAUAAAGGCAAACCCACCCUGUUUGCUCUCCACUGUUCAGUACAUCAGUAGCUUUUAUGCCAGCUGUCUGUCUGGAGAAGAGUCCUAUUGGUGGAUGCAGUUCACAGCAGCAGUGGAAUUCAUCAAAACCAUUGAUGACCGGAAGUGAUCAAGACCAAGGCCCUCCAAGGCAGCAGACUAGACUGUUAGUUAGGAAAACAGAUCUCUGAGAAAAUUUACCCGCUGCUUUGAAGGCUGAAGAUUGCUUUUGUAUAAUACUGUACAGCGUUCAGACAUUUUAAAACAGAUCUUUACUAAACAAAUUAAUGAGCUAACAAGCAGUUUUUCUUUGGGCUCUUUUCCUUUCAGAGUUGCAUAUUUUGUUACUUUUCUUUUGUUCCCCAGUAGAGACUAGCACUGCAAAAAGGGACCACAUUGUUCAGGUAUUUUGAAAUACUUUAAAAAAAAACUCCAACAAAAUGCAAACUCUUAGAAAAUUCUUUGAUAUCCAUCCAUGGACGUACCUUCUUUCCUUUUCUGGGAGGAAAAAAGGGAGAAUGAAGGAGAGUAUAUGUCUUUAAAGAUGCUGUCUAACUUGUAUGCAUCUGAUGGAAGUGUCGGUUGCACUGAGGAUUAUAGUGGUGGUGAUAAUAGUGGCAUUAUCUAUAAAUAUGCUCACCUAAAUAAGAAACUAAGAAGGAAAUGUAAAUAUAAUAUAUAUUUAUAUUUGAUGUAAUAAGAACAUCUUCGGAUUCUAAUAAACAAGGAAUAUUACUGAUAGUAGGUUGUGGCAUACCCUCUUAUGAGAUGGUUUCCUUGACAAAGUUAAGCUGAGCUUAAAAGAGAAAAAAAAACAAAACACAACAAAAACACAGGAGUAUUUAUUAAUGUAAAACAAUUUCUCAAACUUCAUGUGUAGUUUGAUGUGCAGGCUGCUUUUGAUGAAGAGUGUAAAAGUCACUGAGGAAGUCACUCAGACAUUUCUCCCUGGGACAAUUCAGCACUUGCACAUAGGUGAUAGACUCUGUUAAUCACUGUACAUUAUACUAAAAGGAAAAGUAGAUAUCUAAUACUUUAUUGUGGUACUUCUCAUCUAAAAUACUAAAUAUGUUAUAGAAACCCCAACCAGAGCUCCUUACAAAAUUUUAAUUGUAAUAUAUUUUUUGAUGAUUAUUCACAUUGAAUGCACAGUCCAGGAAUUCAGUGAAUGUCAUUUUUUUAAAAACUAAUUUGUAUUGUUUGCUCUAGUGAUACAGGUUUUACUAGUGAUAAACUAUUUUAAUCAACCAUACUAUUCUUAUGGAAAAAAAAAUCUAUUUUGGCAGGUUUUUGUGCCUUUAUUUCCCUCUUCUGGAAAAAACAAAACAGUAUGUGUUUUCACUAGUUUGGUUUGCAUUCUUUAUCAGUAAUUGAUCCAGGAAUAGGUUUUAAUGCCUGAAGAAUUGGCCAAGGAAGCACACAAUGCUUCAAGCACAAGUUUUACACACAGGCCAUUGCCAACUCGUUUCUCUUUGUAUGUUUCCUGAUUGGCUUCUUUUAUAACAAACUCAGCCCUAUACUUUGCAUCCCUGUUGCUGGCAGCAGCAUUUCCAGGC